AUGCAGCAGCGAGAUGGACGAUAUCUUGGUCGAGUGGUGUACGAGUGUGUAUGUGUGUAUGUGAGCGUCCGCAGUGAAAAAUGCAAGCCGCUCAUCUCCGAGAAACCAGCGGAACAUGACAUCAUGAGCGCUUCUUCGAUGGGGAGAAAGAAAAAACUCUGCUUGGCCACAGUCGAUCGACCAGGAUGGCGGAUGUUCUUUUUCCGCCCACACUCUCAAGUCGCAUUGCCCAAGACAUACGACUUGGACGGAAGACGAGACGGAAGACGAGGCAGAAGGACAACCCAAGGGCUGAUCUGGGUGACGCUCCCAAGCCUGUGA